AUGGCGCAACUGUACUCUUCAGUGAAACCCACGCCAAUGCUGAAAGAUGAGCUAGACAUCGUGAUACCAACGAUCCGAAACCUAGAUUUCCUCGAGAUGUGGCGACCUUUCUUUGAACAAUACCACCUGAUCAUCGUCCAAGAUGGUGAUCCUUCAAGAACCAUCAACAUUCCUAAAGGGUUUGACUACGAGCUCUACAACAGGGACGACAUCAACCGUAUCUUGGGUCCCAAGUCUUCUUGCAUUUCUUUCAAAGACUCUGCUUGUCGUUGCUUUGGUUAUAUGGUCUCAAAGAAGAAGUACAUCUACACCAUUGAUGAUGAUUGCUUUGUUGCAAAGGAUCCGUCUGGGAAAGAGAUCAAUGCACUUGAGCAGCAUAUCAAGAACCUCUUAACACCAUCAACACCACAUUUCUUUAACACACUCUAUGAUCCGUAUGGUGAUGGAGCAGACUUUGUUCGUGGAUACCCUUUUAGUAUGCGUGAAGGUGCCAUAACUGCCGUCUCUCAUGGCCUCUGGCUCAACAUCCCUGACUAUGAUGCUCCUACUCAGCUUGUAUGUUGA